CCACCACACUUCGCCACCCACUGCUGGGUGAAGGCUCCACGGGCUGUCGCCAUCUCUCUGGGCCCCCCCGCGAUGAUUCCGCAGUCUCUGCCUCGAGAUGAUGCCACUGCUCCAUCUCCACGUCGGGCUGACUCUCGAUCGGCGCUCUCACCGCUGCGCCCCGUGUUCGAUUCCCUGUCAGGAAACACUUUUUGUUUGACUAAACCCGUUAAAUAUUUACUUUGAGAAGAAAUGUAAACGUUCCUAUUAUUAACAAAAACCCCGUAUUCACUGUGUUCAUGAAAAGUUAUAGAUUUCGUUAAUAAUGUAUAGCGAUACAUUGACGAUUGCUACCGCUCAUAGCUCAAGGUUUCCUCUUGUACCGUACGGUAUUCAAAUGUUGCCAUUCGAUUAAUUAUUGAUCACUUGGGGGGAGGAGGGGGUCAUUGGAGCCCCGGAACUCUUUCUCUGCUGCGCGUUUCCUGGGGCCGCGGUCCGAGGGAUCCGGGUCCGGGAAGAACGCGUGGUCGAGAUUCCUCGUGACAGCAGCGACAGCGCGGGUCGAGAUUCGGCUCCUGCGACUCUCUCUCAGAUCAGCUGCCGAAUCCCGCAUCUCGGGCGCUGCUUUGCGCGUCUUCCCCCCCGCCUCUCCCAUCGUCGCCUAUGUCCCCACUCGCUCAGCCGCUGCGCUGUCCUCCGGGCUGGCCCUGGUCUCCUCUCGGCGUUCUCUGAGCUGACGCCCUCGCAGCGCUCCGCUCGUACUUCGCUCUCCAGAAGAUCCCAUGGCUCCCGUGGCUCCCGUGGCCCAGGCGCAGCCGCGGGGCGCGGGCCCCGAGGGGCUCCUGGGGGCCCCGGGCGCGCUGCGCCGCGUGCUGGAGCUCGUCCGCCUGGAGAACCUGGUGGCCGGGGUGAGCGGCGGGGUCCUCUCCACCGUGGCCCUGCACCCUCUCGACCUCGCCAAGAUUCGCCUCGCUGUGAGCGAUGGGCUGGCGGGGCGGCCUCGCUACACGGGGCUGGCGCACUGCCUGCGCAGCGUGUGGACGCGGGAGGGGGUCCGAGGCCUCUACCAGGGGGUCACCCCCAACAUGUGGGGCGCCGGCGCCUCGUGGGGUCUCUACUUCUUCUUCUACAACGCCAUUAAGGCGCACAAGCAGGAGGGCACGGAGGGGCCGCUCAGCGCCGGGCAGCACCUCGUCUCUGCUGCACAAGCAGGUGCCAUGACGCUGUGCGUAACGAACCCCGUGUGGGUGGUGAAGACGCGACUGGUGCUGCAGUACGAAGCGGGCGGUGGCACGGUGCCCCGGCGCUAUCGCGGCAUGGUGCAUGCGCUUGUGCUCAUCGCACGUGAGGAGGGAGUGCGAGGCCUCUACCGGGGAUUUGUGCCGGGCCUAAUUGGCACGUCUCACGGAGCGCUGCAGUUCAUGGCGUAUGAAGAGCUCAAGUCUGGCUACAACGUUCGCCGGGGACGGCCUCCCGCCGCCAAGCUGGAGACGAUGGAGUACCUAGGCAUGGCGGCACUCUCCAAGCUGUUUGCCGUAUCGGCCACGUACCCAUACCAGGUGGUCCGGGCACGCCUGCAGGACCAGCACACGCACUACCGUGGCGUGUGGGAUGUUGUGAGUCGGGCGUACAGAAACGAGGGGAUGCUGGGAUUCUACAAAGGGAUUGUGCCCAACCUCCUGCGUGUCACCCCCGCGUGCUGCAUCACCUUUGUUGUCUUCGAAAACGUCUCCAGCUUCCUGUCGACAAUGCGGCACUGAGACCUCACCACCGGCCUCGGGGCCUUUGAGCCGUGGGCGGCUGGUACUGGACCGCCCACGAGACUGCAGCGUCGUCACUGGCCAGAGUGGGUGCCACACGAGGUCUCGGGAAUGUGUGGCAGCCACAAGACCGGCACGAGACCGACGUGAACAGAGAGUUGAGCGGCGCUGCCUACUUCUAGCUUGUGCUGCUGGUGGGGGACGCUCGCUGUAGGGCGCAAUGCCUUUUGAGGCUAGUCGAGCAAGGUGGAAAUUAUCGCUGAAACGCACAACUCAAGAUUGUCUGGGGUUGAUAUUUUUUGUAUCCUUUACCUCCCUACGCCUGUGAUGAACCCAAUCAACUCGCCAAACUAAGGCACUUUUCAGCUGUAAUUUUUGGCAGUGGUGUGUUGGCUGCUAUUUUCGUGUAUGUUGUGAUGUAGCAAUUGGUGGCUGAUGGUUGCGGCCUUGUGUGGUGCAAGGGUACUUCAAAGUGAGUCCUGAUAGCACAACCUCGAGAGAGAGAGAGCACAUGCCCAUUGUGUGACUGAGUGCAAAGGGCUGUGCAGCUGUCCUGCGACACAUGCUGCUGCACCCCAGCCACUGAGCUGACAGCCAUCGACUCGGUACAAUUCUAUUUAACCUAUUUUGUAAUUAUAAUUGAACAUUUUAGCGCACUUGGCUUCCAUCAAUAAGUAUAUUUAAAUAUCUUUGUAAAUCACCCUUAAUUUAUCUUUGACUUAAGAAUGUGUGCGGACUCGUAACUCGUAUCAAACUGCCCGUAUUAAUGUCAGGGCGAUGUGAAAGUGAUCGAAAAAGCCCUUUCACGUAUCGGCGGUGGAGGGGAAUGAUUCUAAACACUAAAGCUGGACACUCUUGGUCCUGAAGAUUGCUGUUGUCAUACACAAAGGAUGUAUGCAGAAGCGUCUGAUCUGUAGACGCGCCUUCUACGUCAAUGCCGAGUUGUGUGCUCGCGUGUUUUGGUAAUAAACGUGGAAUUGCCGACCCGG